UUAAUAUAAUAUAAUAUAAUAUAAAUGUUUAAUAUCAUUACAAAUUACAAAAUUGUGUGUAUAUAACAGAACUCAAUAUAGUAAGAAGUAUGAAACUGUUUAGUGUCGUUGAAGGUUGAAGAAGAAGAAUGGCAAAAGUGAUCGUAAAACGAGUACUUUGCACGUGUAUUGUUUCAAGAAAAUUGAUAGAAAAAAAUAAUAAUCAAGUGAUUUGCAUGAUAUAGAUUUUCGUUUAUUGUGAAGAUACUGCAGCUUUGCACGCCCGAAUGACAGAGUAAUGAAUAAUUUAUUAUUAAGCGUUAUUGUUAAUAAAGCUGUAUAUAUAUACAUACGGAAGUAAAUUUAGUAAAUUAACGGAAUUAACCAUGUCUCAUGUUGCUGACAAAAUUAUACGAAUCCUACACGAGUGUCAUCCUAACAAAGACGAUUUUGAGAAUAAGACAAAAGACUCGAGUGAGUCGAAAGAAUCAAGAAAGAAAAUCGAGAAAGAAAAGUUGGAGAAAAUCAAGAGUGAUGCAGACAAAUUUUUCGCAGAUACACGAUGCAACUAUAUAGCAAGUGUUGAAUAUGCUAGUUUAAAUAAGAUGCUGGCUCUGUGUAAUUUAGAGAUUGGCAACGAGAUCACAGCUAUUCAUCAUUUGGUUGAAGCUCACGCAGUGAUACUUCGACAACACAUUUUGCACAGAUAUCAAAAGACUCACGUGCGCGAGUCUGUGUGGAAUGAACCUCAAAUAUAUGGGCUGAGACCAACACAUGUAAAGUUCGAGACAAAAUUUACGGACAAUAAUGAAGCGUUGAAAACGAAACUGUUAAACUUACCGAAAGAAUGGUACAUGAUUCAGGUUACUGCCCAGUAUGAAUCUCCGACUAUAUUAAGAUACAAAAAGCGUACAUCCAACGUAAUGCAUGCUGUACAUAUUACGAUACUUCCUACGGGUAUAUCUGACAUAGAACCAUUGUGUAUAACUGUACCAAGACCCGCGACGCAAGUGUCCUACGAUAUCUGCGAAGAGAUUCAGAAACUAUUGGAUGAUUACACAUCCGUGCUAAAGACCACUUAUACAAAUCAUAAGCAAUAUUGGAUGAUGCGUGCAGAUCAAAACAAUAAAAUGAAGAUAGCUAUAAAUGGAUUGGAGAAUGUAUGGUUGAGAGAAUGGAGAGUAUUAUUUAUGGCCGACCCUAUUGAGAAUUUGGAAAUGGUAAAUGAGAUUCAUCAAAUGAUUGACAAAUUAAUAUCAGAUUUCAAAUCUCCCAAUGAGAUAUCAAACAGAUGUAAGUGGCUUUUGAAGAAGGUAUCGAUAGGUGCGGGUUUUCUCACGCGUGAGGAAAUAGCGCGUGCGAUCAAGUUUCUACUUCCCGAACAUGAAAAACUUGCAAACAACAUCAUUUUAUCUAUUUAUGGGAAGUUACCAUACAUAAAAAACCUAGAGAAUACAAAGCGGCAAACGUUGGUUCUAAUUAUUGACGAGCACAUGGAUUACAUAGCGUUUGAAGCUAUGGAAAUUAUUAAGAACCAUCCUACUACCCGUUUCCCAUCUCUACAUGUAGCAUAUGCAUUAUUUAAAGAACACGAAGAUACUAUAGUGGAUGGUUGUAAAAUAAUUAAAGCUAGAGAAGACAUGGGAAUUUGCGUAGUUAAUCCUUCCGGUGAUCUUGAUAAAAUGGAAAAACGUAUGAAGCUUUUUAUGGACUUUUGGUUACCGCAGUGGAAAAGCUGUUAUAAUGCACAACCUGGUGAAGAAAUGUCUGAAGCGUUAAUAAAUCGUGACAUUUUAAUGUAUACUGGUCAUGGAAACGGUAUAGAAUAUUUAUCUGGAGAAGAUAUUGAAAGGAUGAGAGUGAAGUCUACCGUUUUAUUAUUUGGAUGUAGCAGCGUGAAACUACUUGUAAUAGGUGGAAGAUAUCCACCUUAUGGCGUUUCAAAUCAAUAUUUAAUAGCGUGCAGUCCUUGCCUCUUGGGUAUGCUGUGGGAAGUAACGGACGCAGAUAUCGAUAAAAUGACAACAAAUUUCAUGAGCACGUGGAUUCCUUCGUCUUCGAAGAAAUCAUGGGCUGAGGUAGACAUGGAUAGUUGGAGUUCUGGUACUCUGAAAUUUACGAAGAACGGAGCAAAGGAUAAAACAAAAAUGGAGCCAGAAAUGUUAAGGGCAGUGGCAAAGUCUAAGAAUAGUUGCUCGCAUUAUAUGACGGCAGCUGCGAUAGUAGUACGAGGUUUACCAAUAAAAAUAGUUUAAAUCCUCGCUGAUAUCAUUGAUUA